AAUUCAUUUUCCUUGCGUAAACAAUUAGCUUUUUCGACCACAGAGUGCCGGAGUAUGAGUAGUUGUCACGCCUUUCGCUGUUCACACACCAGUAAUUUAGUUUAAUUUUACAACUAUAUUUGGGUUGAAUUGAGUGCUUGCCUGUCCAUAGUGCUGUUAAUGCUUUGACGAAUGAGAUGCAGUGGAAAUCGUUGAUUUGGAUUCUUUUUGGACUCUUUACUGCGGUUUAAACCUUUACCCGUUUCUGAUUAUUGGAUUCGCAAUCGGUUUCUCUGUUUGCCAACUGGCAAAGCUUAGGCUUUAAAUGAGCCUGCAUUGUAUCAAACUGAGGGAGCCAGCUACUUAGCUGGGAUUACUGGGAGAAUCUCAAGGUUCAUGACCAGUUUAUAUGACUAAAAAUAGGACAGUGAUUUGGAAGUUUACAUUUACAAUCAAUCUAAAAUCAGCCUUGAUAGAGCUACAUUGGAACAAAUGCAAUCUAAACGUUAGGAAAUUAUCUCGUAUUUUUCAUUGAAGCUUAUAGAACUAUCCCUCUUAGUGUCUUUCUACAACUGUAAUAAUAUAUGGGCUGAGGUGCACUUUUCAUGGGAGGUUUAGAGGAUGAUGAACCAGCCUCAAAACGCAUGAAACUUGCCUCUGGAAGAUUGAGAGAUCUUUCUAACGGUUCAUCUGUAUCGCCCAUAGCUGGGUCUUCUGGAGAUUUGAUGGCUCGGCCCCUACCAUCUGAAGGGGACGAUGGGGUUAUUGGUUCAAAAGGAGUUAUUAAAAAAGUUGAGUUCGUUCGAAUAAUUGCAAAGGCCUUGUAUUCGCUUGGUUAUAAGAAGAGUGGUGCUCAUCUAGAGGAGGAAUCAGGAAUACCCUUACAUUCUUCUGUCAUAAAUUUAUUCAUGCAGCAAAUUCUUGAUGGUAAGUGGGAUGACAGUGUGGCCACAUUACAUAACAUUGGUCUAUCUGAUGACAGCAUUGUAAAGUCAGCCUCUUUUCUGAUAUUGGAGCAAAAAUUUUUUGAAUUUUUGGAUGGAGAGAAGGUGAUGGAUGCUUUGAAGACAUUGAGGACAGAGAUUGCACCUCUUAGCAUCAAUAAUGGUAGGGUUCGUGAGCUUUCUUCAUGCAUUGUGUUCCGUGGACAAUAUUCUUUAGUGGGGUCAUCCAAUCAAGACGUUGUGAGGAAAAAGUCUCGGCCUAGGCUGCUGGAGGAAUUGCAAAGAUUGCUUCCCCCUACGGUUAUGAUACCUGAGAGAAGAUUGGAGGAUUUAGUUGAACAGGCACUUUCCUUGCAACGAGAUGCUUGCAUGUUUCACAACUCCAUGGAUAAGGAUAUUUCAUUAUACACUGAUCAUAACUGUGGAAGAGAUCAGAUUCCCUCUCGAACUUUACAGAUAUUACAGGCCCAUACAGAUGAGGUUUGGUUUCUGCAAUUUUCACAUAAUGGAAAAUACUUAGCUUCGUCAUCCAAUGAUCGGUCAGCAAUUAUAUGGGAGGUUGAUGUGAAUGGCGGCGUCUUUUUAAAGCAUAGAUUUUCCGGUCAUCAAAAACCUGUCUCUGCUGUUUCAUGGAGUCCUGAUGACUGUCAACUCCUAACUUGUGGGGUGGAGGAAGCUGUUAGGCGGUGGGAUGUUGCGUCAGGUGAAUGCCUUCGUGUUUAUGAAAAGCCAGGUCUAGGCCUGGUAUCUUGUGGAUGGUUUCCAGAUGGGAAAUCAAUAUUCACUGGUGUUAGUGAUAAGAGUAUCUGCAUGUGGGAAUUGGAAGGUAAAGAGGUGGAGUGUUGGAAGGGGCAAAGAACGUUGAAGAUUUCUGAUUUGGAAAUAACUAGUGACGGGAAGCAAAUCUUAAGUAUCUGCAGAGAAACUGCCAUACUAUUACUUGACAGGGAAGCUAAAGUUGAGAGAUUGAUUGAAGAGGAUCAAACAAUAACUUCAUUUGCUUUAUCUGGUGAUAAUAGGUUCUUGCUGAUCAACCUUCUGAACCAAGAGAUCCACCUUUGGAGCAUAGAUGGUGAUAUGAAGCUCAUUGCCAAGUACACAGGUCAUAGGCGCUCUCGGUUUAUUAUUAGGUCUUGUUUUGGUGGACUUGAGCAAGCUUUUGUUGCCAGCGGCAGUGAGGACUCACAGGUUUAUAUUUGGCACAGAGGCUCAGGGGAGCUCAUAGAGGCACUGCCGGGUCAUUCUGGAGCUGUUAAUUGUGUGAGCUGGAAUCCAGUGAACCCGCACGUGUUGGCAUCAGCCAGUGAUGAUCGUACCAUUCGGAUAUGGGGCUUAAAUAAUCUGCAUAUAAAGCGCAAGGAUGGUCACAGCAAUGGUGUCCCCUAUUGCAAUGGAGGAACUUAGGACCAAACAACGUACAUUGGAUCGCCGGUUAAAUGCCGCCUCCUUUUGUCAAGGCUUCUAUGUAAAUACCUUUUUAUCUGUUUUAUUGCAGGUUGACAUUCAUCUCAAACGAGCAUCUGAAUUGUGAAGUAACAUUCCGAUAAUAAAUUUACUUUUCAUUUCAAAGAUUUGAUUCA